CGAUAAUGUUCCCUUCCCACCAUCAAUGCUGAACAGAUUAUUCGUGUUGCAAUUAUGAUAGCCAUUAUAUCAAAUCCGCCCCCAUUAAUCUCCCUUUUAUCUAGACCUAAUCCCCAUUCCUCAUUUGCUUCACCUCUCAUUUGCCGCCGCCUCCGAUUUCAGAUCCGCGCUUCCUCUCUGGAGCUCCCGCUCCUGCCUUUCCCGAUCGAUCAGGUGCUCAUUCCGUCUGAGGUUAAAAGCCUUCAUCUAUAUGAAGCAAGGUAUAUAGCGCUGCUGGAAGAGUCUUUGUUUCAGAAGAACAAGUCGUUUGUGCACUUUGUGCUAGAUCCAAUUGGUCUUGGUGGUACGUCAACAGAGGCAUCCUUUGCUGCUAGAUAUGGUUGUUUGGUCACAGUUGAGAAAGUCGAAAAAUUAGAUAUCGGAGCAUUGGUUCUGAUAAGAGGUGUAGGUCGAGUAAAACUGUUGGAGUUCCGAAAGGCUCAACCGUACUUGACAGGAGAAGUUACACCGAUGCAAGAUAAUGUUCCUCUCGACAUGACAGAAAUAAACAUUGAAGUUUUGAAAUUGAAGGAAGUUCUUCACAAUUUGAAUAGGUUAGAGAUAAAAUUGAAGACACCAAGGGAAGCAUCAUUGCAAACUCAAAUUACAAAUUCUCUUGUUUGGGCUGAAAAGGAAAUAACUUCGGAUUACAUCAGAGAUUUUGUUCCAUCCGUUGCUGAACGUGUUUCUUUUGCUGCGCUUCAACCUGUUUCAGGUUCGAAUCAAUCCGAACUGGCAAAGUUGCAGAAAGAAAAACUGGUGUCGAUGGAAACAAGUGAUACACUCCAAAGACUAGAGAAAGCUGUCCAAUUAGCCAAAGACAAUAUCAAAAUACUUGCCGCCAAGCUUGCCAUUCAAUCUCUAGAGAGGCAGUGAGGCUUUGUACAAAAUUGCAAAAUUUGCACAGUAUGUCAACUCACUAUUUGUUUUGUUUAUCAAUAAAAAGGAAGUAUUUCGGUCCA